UUGAUUAUUUUAAGAGACAUCUAUAUUUAUGUUGAUAAACUAGCUAACAACAUCAAAGAACACCACUGUCUCCACCACCAUUUUCAUUUUCACACAAAAAUUUUGUUUUUCUUUUUUCCUUUUUGUUUGACCUAUUAAAGACUCACCCAUUUCUCCACCAAAUAAACUUCUUUGUAUCAUCUUUUACAUCCCAUUUCAAUCAAUCUCUCAAAAUUUCCCCUUUUUUCUGUCCGUAAUCGCCCUGAGUUUUGUAUCUUCGUUUUAUGUCCCCAAAAUCCAAGGAGCAAGGCUGCCUUUUUUCCCCUAAGUAUUGAUUUUUAUUUCUGGGGUUUUUCCCCUUUAUUUAAGUUGAGCCCCAAAAAUUAUUUUUCUCAACAUUUCGUAAGGAUCUGAGCGUGACCCAACAAGUUGUUUUGAGGAUAUUUGAUCUGAGAUCUGGAGUGGUGCUGAGGGAAGUCGGGCAAUGUGAAUUGCAUGGAGUGAGGAUGCCAGAAUUGCGAAGUGGAGCCCGGAGAUCGAAACGCCUUGGUGAUCUUGAGCCUCCUUCUCAGCCUGUUGUUCAAGCAGAGAAUUGGGUACUGCCUGCUCAAAACAGAUCCAGGAGGAGAGUUGGUGGAAGAGGAAGGGGUAAUGCUGUAGGUGUAGCCAAAGGACCCUCACCAGCGGUACCCACAAGGCCAAGAGCUGCUGGUAGAGGCCGGGGCAUUAGGUUGACAGAUUUUGACCCUGAGCUUUGUCAAGUUCUUCCUGAGGCUGCACCUUUGGCUGCGGCUGAACCUGUUUUCAACCAAGCAGAGGUAGUGGCAGAUAAAGAUAUUGCGAUGGAGGGUGGAAGUGGUGACAAAAUAGUGGGACUUGAAGAAGAAGCUAGCACAACCCCGGUUCCUGAAAUGGUACAAGUGGGCAAUUCUCCUGCAUAUAAGGUAGAAAGGAAAUUGGGUAAGGGUGGUUUUGGCCAAGUUUAUGUCGGCCGAAGGGUAAGUGGCGGUAGUGAUAGAAUUGGACCAGAUGCAGUUGAGGUAGCCUUGAAGUUAGAGCACCGAAACAGUAAAGGUUGCAAUUAUGGUCCACCUUAUGAGUGGCAAGUCUACAAUACCCUAAACGGAUGCUAUGGGAUUCCUGGGGUGCACUACAAGGGUCGCCAGGGAGACUUCUACAUUCUGGUAAUGGAUAUGCUUGGUCCUAGUCUCUGGGAUGUUUGGAAUUCUCUAGGACAGUCGAUGUCACCAAAUAUGGUUGCCUGCAUUGCAGUGGAGGCAAUAUCAAUUCUUGAAAAGCUUCAUUUAAAGGGGUUUGUGCAUGGCGACGUGAAACCUGAGAAUUUUCUAUUAGGUCAACCAGGAUCAGUCGAUGAGAAGAAGCUAUAUCUUAUUGAUCUUGGUUUAGCCUCUAGAUGGAAAGAUGCACACUCUGAUAAACACAUUGAUUAUGAUCAGAGGCCUGAUGUAUUCAGGGGAACAAUUAGGUAUGCUAGUGUACAUGCUCAUUUAGGUCGGACUGGAAGUCGUAGGGAUGACCUUGAGUCAUUGGCAUACACAUUGAUUUUUCUCAUAAAAGGACGGUUACCAUGGCAGGGUUAUCAGGGGGAUGACAAAAGUUUUCUGGUUUGCAAGAAAAAGAUGGGUACAUCUCCAGAGUUGAUGUGCUGCUUUUGUCCUGCCCCGUUUAAGCAGUUUCUUGAAGCUGUUAUAAAUAUGAAGUUUGAUGAGGAGCCCAAUUAUGCCAAGCUCAUAUCCUUCUUUGAAAGUCUAAUUGAUCCAUGCAUACCAUUGAGACCAAUUAGAAUUGAUGGAGCUCUUAAGGUUGGGCAAAAGCGUGGAAGAUUAGUCAUUAAUUUGGAAGAAGAUGAGCAACCCAAGAAAAAAGUACGACUGGGUAGUCCUGCUACUCAGUGGGUUUCUGUUUACAAUGCACGACGUCCCAUGAAGCAGCGAUAUCACUACAACGUAGCAGAUUCAAGGUUGCAUCAGCAUGUAGAGAAGGGUAAUGAAGAUGGAUUGUUUAUUAGUUGUGUGGCUUCAGCAGCAAAUCUCUGGGCCCUGAUCAUGGAUGCAGGAACAGGUUUCUCUUCCCAGGUUUAUGAAUUGUCAGCAGUCUUUCUGCACAAGGAUUGGAUUAUGGAGCAGUGGGAAAGGAACUACUAUAUUAGUUCAAUUGCUGGAGCAAAUAACGGGAGUUCCUUGGUUGUUAUGUCGAAAGGAACUCCUUACACUCAGCAGUCCUACAAAGUAAGUGAAUCUUUUCCCUUCAAAUGGAUAAACAAGAAGUGGAAAGAGGGGUUUCAUGUAACAUCAAUGACAACUGCUGCGAGUCGCUGGGGUGUAGUGAUGUCGAGGAACGCCGGAUUCUCUGACCAGGUUGUGGAGCUUGAUUUUUUGUAUCCAAGCGAAGGAAUACAUCGGCGAUGGGAAAGUGGUUACCGGAUAACAUCUAUGGCUGCGACCGUAGAUCAAGCUGCCUUCAUACUGAGCAUUCCAAAACGAAAAACGAUGGAUGAAACUCAGGAAACUCUUCGCACAUCUGCCUUUCCAAGCACCCAUGUAAAGGAAAAAUGGGCAAAAAAUCUCUACAUUGCAUCGAUUUGUUACGGGCGGACGGUCUGCUAACUCCGGACUGUAAAUUACGAGAGUCCAAAAAUGUUAAAAAUCUGAAGCUGUUGAGGUACAUUUGGUGUUGAGACAAUGGGUGGUGGGGGUUAAUUCAGCUAUAGAAACCUCUCAUAUGUAAAAAGGGAGAAAGAAAAGAGAGAACAAAUACAAUUUGAGAACCUCAGAAAGUAAUGGCAGCUGUUUGUUGAAUCAUACAAUGCUUUGAAUUUAUUAUAAAUGGCUGCUACUAAAUUGCAA